AUGGACUGGCUCAGUGAAGUGCAAAAGCUCAACGACCAGAACUCGCAGAACGUCACCCGGCUGAACGAAGAGAUCGACAAGCUAGAUCUGACGCUCAAGAAGGCUCAGAUUGUAGUAGGACGAGCUCACACUGUGGCCCCCACCAAGUUUUAUCUCCAGCCUCUGCUUGAAGACCCCAUCUACGCAGAGAUUGCAGAAAAGUGUCAGGAGCUGGCGACUACCGCGUCUCAAUGGCAGUUUUACAGAUACAACAACAUGUACGGCGGCUGUUUCCAGCGGGCUGUGUUUGUGACUCUGCUACGACACUUUCUGGCCAACUGGGUGGACACUGACAUGGCUAUUGUGGUCUCCAACCCCUCCAAUUGGCAGUCACUGGUGGCCGCCACCCCCCUAGGACCUGAUCUAGUGUCCAAGCAGCUUGGAGUGCCGUUUUUGACCGAGCUGGAGGCUGGAAAUGAAAACACGUGCCAUCUGACCGACUACGACUACCUGCUGGGUAUCGUGACCAUGAUCAACGAGCUUUCUCGACUUGCAUUCAACUCCGUUACGGCCAUUGCCUCGUAUAACGAGAGCCACGACACCAAGUUGCCAUUUGUGUUCCCUCAGUACCUUCUUGCAUUCAUUAAGAACACUCAUGCUGGCCUCAUGGUGCUGAAUCUGAAGAAUGAUAAACUGCGAAGAAGUUAUGAUUCUAUCAAAUAUGAUGUGAAGAAGGUGGAGGAGAUUAUCUAUGAUUUGACCGUGAGACGGUUGGUCUAA